AUGGCGUCGCUGGUAUUGUGUCUCUCCGCAACUGUGCUGUUUGCUCGGUCCACGGUCGCCUUCAACUGCUCAAGACCCCCCAUCUACGUCGACAUUCACAAGAGAGCCGUACAUGACUCUGCCGUCUUCCAGUAUGGAUCCUUCAUCGGCGUCGGAACGCCGGCGCAGAACCACAGCCUCUGGCCGUCGUUAUCAAAAAAUCACACCUCGUUCGCUUCACAUGCGUAUUGCGACAACAGCACACUGAAGGACUGCCAAACAUCCACAGGAGGCUUCUUCAAUGCUCAAGACUCCACUAGCUUCUCAGACAACGGAAACAAUUUUCAAUCCCUAGAUAAGGCUGGAAAUGCUACACUGGAUGGAUCUUUCGGUCAAGAUACCGUCCGGUUAUACACGCACUACUUCGAGACCGAUGGCGCCUCUCAGACCCUCCUCGAGAACUCUACCAUUGCAGUGGCCGACCAAGGGACCAUUGUUCCAGGCAUCGUUGGUGUUGGGCUUUCGUCGACUGUCCUUCGCGAUCUCGCUGCUCGGGACAUGAUCGCCGGCAAAACAUAUUCGCUUUACAUUGGGCAAGGGUUCGAUCGUGCGGGAGGUGCGGUUAAUGGAAGCAACGUCUUUGGGGGAUACGACUCUGGCCGCUUCACUGGAGACGUCCACAAGUACCCAAUGAACACGGCCAACAUCAACCCCAUGAGCGUGCGCGUCAAGGACAUCGUUAUCUCCGAAUCCGAUAACCCAAACGCUAACGUGUCCCUGUUCGAUCCCGCCAAGUUCCCAGCACUGAACACCCAGCCGGACGCCUUCGAGGCUCAACUCACCACCGACCAGUACGCAUUAUCCCUUCCGUAUCAGAUCACUCAGAAUUUCAUUUCGCACUUGGGCGCCGAACAGGACAACACCUGGAACGACAACUCGCUGAAGCUCAAGAACCCCUUCAACGGCACACUCUCUCUCGUUUUGGAUGAUGGAUUCACCGUUACUCUCCCUCCGGAAGUCCUCAUGAACGCAUCGAACAUCACCCCUAUUCAGGACCGCGAAAAAGACUCCACCGCACCCUUCCUCCUCUCUGCUGCCUUCCUCGGCCAAGUCUAUCUCAUGGCAGAUUUCGAAUCCGAGAAUUUCUUCCUUGCCGAAGCUAUACAAAAGAACAACAUGGUUAUGCCCUUGACCUUCUGCCCGAAAUCGACUCCUGAAGCAUACCAACCACCGAACCAAUCCGCGUGGCUGAAGCAAGGCUUGAUCGGCGCGGUAGUUGGAGGAGUAUUGGGUGGCAUCGGCAUUACCAUCUGCGCCUACUGCUUCUGGAUCGGCUUCAGGCGGAAGCUCGCUGAAAGGAAGAUCGACAAGGAGCUAGAGAAGGGUAAGAAGGCCAAAAUGGCUCAACUAGAGGUUGAAGAGGCGCCUGAAUUUGAUCCACCUCCAAAGAGCUCCAACCCGCUUCUCUUCAAGGGCUGGAGGAAGAGGUGA